CAAAUUGGUAAAACUUUUUUUUUUUUAAUGACAAUUAAUUUGUACUUUGGGGCUGCAUUGCGAUCCUUAAAUAGUCUUUUUUAUGUCUAAAUCUAAGGAUUCUUGUUCUAAAUAUGCAAUACACAAAUAAAUCCCUAAAUAGUCGCUGUAUAUUCACUGAUUCAGCUGCAUGAUACUUAUCUUACACUUCAGUAUCUAUCUAGCUAUCUAUCUGAUUUCAAACUGUGGUAGAGCAGCGCCAUCUCAUGGACGGAAUCCGCCAGUACAACGCGCCUCGCAGCAGAUGAAGAAUUCAAGGGCGGAAUCGAGUGUAUCCCAGUUUCCUUUUUGCACACUUUGUAACCCACUUUCAGCGCGUCACAGUAGGUCAAAAUUACAAUCUUCCCUUCACACACAAACAUCCUCAGACUUCGACGGACAGGACUUUUUAACUAUCCCCUCCCCUCUAAACAGUUCAAACAAAACUUCCACUCCAUCGUCCAGUUUGAUGCGGACACCUCUUGGAUCUUUUUCUCCCUAAAAACAAAAUUCCCUGAUCCCCGGUCAGUCGUCUCCGGUAGGAUAAGCAAUACGAUCUGCUCCCCAACUCCAUUCUCUAUUUUUGUGCUUCCUUGUGCUGCCAAGCCUCUGACGUAAUGCUCCGUGUUAAUUAUUAGCAUGUGGCAAGCGAUGCCGAGACUCCCCUCUGCUGCUUAAACAAGAGCGACCGACUGCGGGGAGAAAAACCUCGUCAAGAUGGCCAAACACACUGACCCAGAGUGAAGGGGCACCGCUCCCCGUCCCGUCCAGUCCUGUCCUGCGACCAGCACCAAUGCAACUGCGCCUUUAGAAAGGAGAUGUUCUCUGUGGAAAAUGCCAUCAAGACUAAAGCUGGACAGUCACUGUAUGCUGGAGGAAAGCUGAGGAACGUUUUGUAAGCCCCAAGUGGUCAGAGGGUUGGAGAGCUCCAACGAAUACCAUCUCAAAAGCUUCAAACAGGGAUUCCCUACAGCCAAGCCUAACUCCAAAACCCAAGAACAAAGAUGCAAUUCAUUGGUACCCACUAGCAAAUAACAUCUCAAAGGGCUGUUUUCUGUCAAACCUCAAGUAAAGGUGAAAGCAAGUGUGUUUUUGGAUACGUCUGCGUGGUGAUUCUCUAUUGAGCUGCAAAGCAUCGUAAUUGGGUCGCGGCCAUCUCUCUCUCACUCUCAACGAACCCAACUCUUGGUACCGUGAGCCUGCCCAUCAGAUCAUGAUGUUUCGUGACCAGGUGGGAGUCCUCGCCGGCUGGUUUAAGGGAUGGAACGAGUGCGAACAGACGGUGGCGUUACUGUCGCUCCUCAAGCGGGUCAGUCGGACCCAAGCACGCUUCCUUCAGCUCUGUCUGGAGCAUUCCUUGGCUGACUGCACCGAGCUGCAUGUUCUGGAAAGGGAGGCCAAUAAUCCAGUUUUCCUUUCUCUUUGGAUGUCACACACACGCGCGCGCGGUCUCUCCUUGAUCAUGAUACACAGACCUUUCCCGAUCCCGCCCCCCUCUGUCUCUCUGCCGAAGAUCUUGGGCCACACCAUCGAACAUGGCCGGCACUUAGAGGAAAGCAGGCAGCUUCUGUCCUACGCCCUCAUCCACCCCGCAACCUCCCUUGAGGACCGGGGGAACCUCGCCCUCUGGCUCAACCACCUGGAGGAGCGGGCGGCCGCCCGAGGAGCCGGAGACUCCCUUGAGCGCGCGCCUUCAUCCCACCACGGGCAGCCUCCACACCUCUAUCCCCACCACCAGCGCUACGGGUCGGAAGACCGUCUCAACGGCUGGCAGGGCUCGAGGGACUCUGGGCUGGGAAGUUGGCAGCAUCAGCAGCAACAGGGCUGCGAAAAUGGGCACCUCUCACUGUACCCAUCAUCCUCUGUGCCCUCCACUAUCAAUGCUGUAGGUACAGGCUGUGGGACCAACACAAUUCUGUCGGGUGGACAGCACAGUCCUCUGCGGCGUUCGGUGUCUCUGACCCCUCCGAUGAGCGGCGGAUCUAACCAGCCUCUGGGGCACGGAUGGCUCUCCCAGGAGGACCUGCGUCCCCGCGGGCCGGCCCCCGACCACGCCCCCAUCUCUCCUCAGAGCAGCGUGGCGUCCUCGGGCAGCGGAGGCAGCGAGCACCUGGAGGAACACGCUGCUGUCCGAAGUACAUUCCAUGAGGAGGGCAGCGGGAUGAGGGAUGUGCCGGCAUGGCUGAAGAGUCUGCGUCUCCAUAAGUACGCUGGACUCUUCUCCACCAUGACCUAUGAUGAGAUGCUGUCACUGACGGAGCAGCAGCUGGAAGCUCAGCAAGUCACCAAAGGGGCACGGCACAAGAUCAUCAUCAGUAUUCAGAAGCUGAAAGACAGACAAAACAUGCUACGCUGUUUGGAGAAGGACAUUUUGGAGGGAGGGAAUCUACGUGCUCCUUUGCAGGAGCUCCACCAGAUCAUCCAGACGCCCAUUAAAGCCUGCAGCACAGAGGAGUCUUCACAGCACCACCUGCUGAGCGCUGAGAGGAAGAGCAGCAUCGCCACUUCCCACCUGGGUGGAGGAGAGACGGAGGGCAGCUCCACGUUCAUAGCCGAGGGAGACAUCCCUGCUCAGUUCACUCGCGUCAUGGGCAAAGUUUGCACACAGCUCCUCGUCUCAGGGUCGGAUGAGGAGAACAUUAGUUCCUACCUACAGCUUAUUGAUAAGUGCCUAAUCCAUGAGUCCUUCACAGAGACACAGAAGAAGAGGUUGUUGUCUUGGAAGCAGCAGGUGCAGGUGCAGUUCCGGUCAAUUUCACGGAAAACUCUCCUGGACCUAACAGGACAGAGAAGAAGCAGUCGUUACGGUCAGUCCAACUCCCUCCCAACCACGGGAUGCGUAGGCAGCGGCGUUCCCACCCGGAGGAACUUGCGCCAGUAUCAGAUGCGGAGUUUGCCUGGUGUCAGACCCAUCCUUUUGGGUACCACUGGCCUGUUCGGACCAACCCCCCGAAGCGGCAGCAGCACCCCUACCGGCCUGAAGCAGGGAAGACAGGGUUUGUGGUUUGCCAAUCCAGGGGGCAGUAACAGCAUGCCCAGCCGCACCCACAGCUCAGUUCAGAGGACUCGAUCACUACCCGUCCACACCAACCCACACACCAUGGCCAUGUUCCAGCAAACAGAUUUACAGGUGCCUGUGACUGAGCCUGACAUCAAUAACCGUUUGGAGUCUCUGUGUCUCCGCAUGACUGAACACGCUCUGGGAGAUGGCGUCGAUCGAACUUCAACCAUUUGAGAGAAGAAAAGAGGGAGCACAGGGAGACGGCAUGCCUGGCAGCAGGGUGAAAGGUCAUCACGAGGUCACGAGACCCUCUGCCUAUAACCCUCCACCUGCUCACCUACCAACACCAAAUAGCCAAUAGGAGAGGUGGGGCGUGGUCUACACAGUGCCAUUCACUAUUUUCUGAAAGGCUUAACACAAGCAAGUUCUGUCACCAUGACUACUUCAGCGUGUUUACAUUCGAGUUUGGGAGAAAAUCACAUCUUCAACACUUCCUUAGAAGAACGCCGCAAAGGGUCUACGUGUCGACAGGCCAUUAGAGGGGGUCCGACAACUCAAAGCGUUCAGGUGGCUGUCUGGGACGUCACGAAAUCCAAACCAGCCAGCAGACGAAACCAGAUCAAGACGUAGUUGCAGAUUCGAUUUCUGUGCCUCUGUGCAGAUGCUAAAAAUAUUACAUUAUAGCAUGUUCGAAGUCAUUUUUUUUUUCAGGUGCGAGUGUUCCGAGGACGGUGUACAGCUUUAGGUUCCGAAAUGGCUUCGUAGUUUACAACUGCGUUUGUAUUCACUGUUUUGUUGUUCUAGUUUUCAUUUGUGCCAGCAGGAAAGCUUAUUUACAAAACUACAGUACAAUGACAGUCAGAGCUACGGAUGGUACUCAGAAGAAAGAGAGGGAACGUGAGAGCAGCGAUGGGAAAGGAAACAGGAAGUGAUGUCAGUGGAAGGGUCUGUAGAGGGAGCGAGGAAUGUCGUACAUGGAUUCUGACGUAAAGGAACGGUCGAUGGAGAUCAGGAGGUCAGAGAAGUGGAAUACAGGAGAAAUGCCAGCAAAUGCAAGUAGAUGGAAAGGUUGAAGAGGAGCAGGUGAACAUAGAGUGAAUUUGCAAUAACGUGCAAUAGACUCUUCAUCAGCAACACGGUGUGAAUCAUAGGGCUGAGGGGGAACUGGGGGUCCCGGAAAGAGGAACUGGACUAACAAACUCCGCCCUCUCCUCCAAAUCUCCCACAAUUCCCGUAUUCGCCGGCCUACAACUUGACGCACCUACCCACACCUCAAGUGUUUUAUGCUUUUUGGCUAAUCCAAAGAAACCAGUCAUGAUCAAACGGACAGUAAAGAGGCACUUUGGCAUCCGUUGAGUGGCGACUGACAGGCUUCAAGCUGCCUAAAAGAAAGAAUGUUGACUAUGCAGUGUGUCGGCUUCAUAAGUGACUUGGUGCCUCCAAACUAAUGCUUUUAAAGUGCAUGAAAUGCCUUAAACGGAAUGGUAGCCGGUGUUUUACAAGCAUGUUAGCAAACCAUCAUGUGGCAUCUUGUGCAUCUGGUUUCUAGAGGUGCAUUUAUUUGUGUGUAUUAAGCCACUCAUCACUGCCAUUUGAAAACAAUUAGCAGAUUCAAAUGAUUAUUUAUUCUUUUCUAUUAUUGAUGCAGAGGUUAUUGUAUUCAUUAGAUGUAUUAUUUAAGAUACCUUGUGUAUUAACUUUUUGCUAUGGCUGGUAACCAUAAGUACAUCUCAAAUAACAACCUAGUUAUUUUUUUUUUUUGACG